GGAUUAUCAGCUUUCCUGCCAUCUUUCCUCGUCUCCAUUGGUGACAGUGCCUAACAACCAUCACCAUGGGUGAAAUGGAGCAAUUGCGAAAGGAGGCGGACAGUCUCAAAGACCAGAUCACUGCAGCUCGUAAGGCGGUGCAGGACACCACACUGCAAGAGGCAGCAGCCGGGAUCACCGUGGUGGGUCGUGUCCAGUUGAAGACCAGGAAAACACUAAGGGGUCACCUUGCCAAGAUCUACGCUAUGCACUGGGGCACUGAUACUAAGCUGUGUGUCAGUGCCUCACAAGAUGGAAAACUCAUAGUGUGGGACAGCAUUACAACCAACAAGGUGAAUGCCAUUCCUCUCAAGUCAUCGUGGGUGAUGACUUGUGCCUAUGCACCUUCGGGGAACCUAGUGGCUUGUGGUGGUCUGGACAACAUGUGCUCCAUCUACAACCUCAAGGGCAAGGACGGGAACGUCAAGGUCAUGCGUGAGCUGGCGGCACACACAGGUUACCUGUCCUGCUGUCGUUUCCUCAGUGACACUGAGAUCAUCACCAGCUCUGGAGACUGCACUUGCGUACUAUGGGACAUUGAGACAGGGACCCAAAAGACCAUCUUUGCCGGACACCAGGGAGACUGCAUGUCCCUGGCCGUGUCCCCAGACUUCAAGUUUUUCAUCUCAGGGGCGUGUGACUUCACAGCCAAGCUGUGGGACAUCAGGGAGGCCGAAUGCAGACAGACCUUUGGAGGCCAUGAGAGUGACAUCAAUGCAAUUGGGUUCUUCCCCAAUGGUAACGCAGUGAUAACAGGGUCGGACGACGCCACCUGCAAGCUGUACGACCUGCGAGCCGACCAGGAGCUCAUCACCUACCAGGACUCUGGCAUCAUGUGCGGGGUGACCUCCUUGGCCCCCUCCCUGUCUGGACGCCUGUUACUGGCUGGAUAUGACGACUUCAACGUCAACAUCUGGGACGCACUUAAAUCUGAGAGAGUGGGAGUGCUGGCUGGUCACGACAACAGAGUGAGCUGUAUCGGGGUGUCCUCAGACGGCAUGGCAUGUUGCACAGGAUCCUGGGACAGCUUCCUCAAGAUAUGGAACUGAGGUUGUUCCUCACCAGCAAGCAGAAAGAGAGCAGUUAACACCUGCCUGGGAGAAAGUGAAGAAGAUAAAACAAAGAAAUUGGAGUUUGAGGGAGGGAUGAGGGACGAGCAGCUGCAUAGGGUGAGAAGAGGGUAUUUUAAUUGUGCCAAGUCCUAUCUAAUGUUGGAGAAGGGUUGUAAUGUGAAGAUUUUCUCCUCUCUCUGUCACAUCGCGCUCUCACCUUUCUUCUCAC